CUACUGGGGCAACUAGUCUAAUGCAAAACGACGUUACUUUCAUCUUCGCCUUCAGUAUAUGUAAAUCAUACAAAAUUCGAAAGUAGAAAGCAAACCCUAAGACUAGCUUUACUGCGUGGAAACUUAUUACAGAGUAGAUGGAUCGUAUUAGCGGUCUACCUGACGAGGUUCUUUGCCAUAUAUUGUCCUUCCUUCCGACAAAGCUUGCUGCUUUGACAUCUGUUCUAUCAACUAAGUGGCGCAAUCUUCUUGCGUUUGUCCCUAAUCUUGACAUCACUUGUCAUAUUAAGAUCGUGCCAGUAGAUAGCAUUUAUUAUGGUAUUCCUAAGGAGAUUAUGUAUGGAAUUAUGCUGAGCUUCAGGGGUUUUAUAGAUAGGGUAUUGGCUUUGCAGGGUGAUUCUUCCAUUAAGAAAGUCUCCCUCAACUGUAUAAACUAUGUUCAUCCAGAUCAUUUGGACCGUUGGAUAUGUAACGUGCUGCGUCGUGGUGUUUCAGAACUUGAAACUGCCAUCUAUGAUCAAGAUGGUGAUGAUGAUUUUAAUUAUCUUCUGCCUCAAGAGAUGUUCGUCAGUAGGACAUUAGUCAAGUUGAAAUUAAGCGACGUUCAGUGGUGGCCUGGAGCGGAAGGAACUUUUUUGCCAAAGCUUAAAACUCUAGCUGUUAAUGGACAUUGGUUUUGUCCGGAUAAGCUUGGGAUGAUUCUCCCCGCUUUCCCUGUGCUUGAGGAAUUAUACAUAGAAAGCAUUACGUGGAAAGAUUCGGGUGACUCAGUGUCAAGUGCAAGCCUCAAGAAGCUCACUAUCCAUGCCAAUGGUUGUCAAAGCAUGAUAGCACAUAUUACAACGAGCAUGAGCAUUUCUUUUGAUACUCCAAGUCUGCUCUACCUUGAGUAUUCUGAUGAAGUUGCGAGCUACUAUCCGAAAGUUAACUUUCCAAAUUUAGUUGAGGCAGUACUCGACCUUAAUAUACGUGAUCUUGAUUAUAUGAAGCUAUACAGAGAGCGAAAUGAUGAUGGGUUAAGGAACUAUGAAAUUUGUGUAAGCUCAUGGCCGGCAUAGGAAAUGUGAAGACACUUACGUUUUCUUCUAAAACUCUCGAGGUAAUUAAGUUUCUAUUUUGUUUUUCUCUUGGAACAUGAAAUCAUUAUAAAGCCAUGUUAGGUAAAGUAAAACUUUCUUAAUCAUUUUUUUUUUCUUGUUACAGUUGUUUUUUUAUGUGCUUUGAAUCGAUGCCAGCGUUCAACAACCUCAAAAUGUUACGAAUUAGUGGGAGUGUCCACCCAGUGGGAUGGCAAGCAAUGCCGGUUUUCUUACAGAACUGUCCACAUUUAGAAACUGUACAAAUGGAGGUACCAACUUGGCAAAAAACAUUACCAUAGUCAUAGAUAGAGGUCAUUCUUCAAAGUCCCUUAUUGUAUCUUUUUUUUUCUUUCAGUAUCUCUGUGCUUGGGACUGCAUUUCCCUGGAAGAGAAAAGUGGUUGACUCAUAUCUAGAGAUGUCAGUUGGGCUGUCCAUGUCCAAAGGGCAUGUCCAAAUGGACAAAAUAGUUUAUUGGACAUUUUUUUAAAGCCCAAAUUGUCCAAACCAAAUUGUCCAAACCAAAUUGGCCUUUCGCGGGGUCCAAAUAAAAUUGGACCAUUUAUACUAAAUUCAUUAAAAAAAAUAACUUGUGCUUAAAAAAAAAUUCAGAGCAUAAGCAAUUCAAAUGUUUUACACAUUCCAAAGCAUAGACAAUUUCAUAUAUUAAAGUUCAUACACAGAUAAAAAAUCUAAAGCAUUAAGUAAACGAUGGUCUCUUCUUCUUUAUCUUCAGCCUCUCCUGAAACACAUAAGUUGAAACUAUGAGUUUAAUCAUGUCACGUAGCCAUCAAUGUAACAUGAAUGAAUGAUACCACAAGCUCAGACAGAACACAACAGCAAGCAAUAUAACAGGUACAUUGCAGAAACAUGAAUGAUACCACAAGCUCAGACAGAACACAACUGACCAGUUCAUUGUAAUAAGUACACAACAGGAAGCAAAACAUGUACAUUGCAGAAACAUGAAUGAUACCACAAGCUCAGAUAGAACACAACUGACCAGUUCAUUGUAAUAACACUAAUGCUAGCAUCUUAUAAAAAAUGAAUUAGAUCAGACAACCGCAAGCUUAGACAGAACAUACUUAACAAGUUAGCUAUCAGUUCACAAUGAUAACUAAAAACAUCAAGUUUUAAGCGUGAUAUUCAUCAGCAACGAACGAAAGCAAUACCUUUAGUUGAGUCGAGUCCUUUUCUUUCCACUUUCUUCUGCUUCCUCAUCUAAGUCUUCCUUAUCUUCCUCAUCCAAAUCACAUCCACCUACAAAACAAGAGAAGUUACUCAAUAGUUUCACAUAUCAAAUACUCAAUUAUAAAUUCAACACUCACCAAUUAC